AGAAAAAAUUAAUUUUUGUUUUCUAAACUGACGUAUAGAAUCUAUAAAAAUGGAUGAGAUAAACACUUUAGCAAAAAUAACAGCUGAAGACCUAAUUAAAUUACGUGAAGAUUGCAUGCAAGUUGUACGUGACGGAGAGCUUUACGAAUUGCGUAAUUCUGCCAAAUUGAGGGCUAUCAACACAACAAAAUCCUAUGAGGAGUUCAAGGACAUUGUCGAUGCCGCUCAUUUGCAACCAAUAUCCAAAAAAGACAAAAUGAAUGCCAAAACUAAGUCACGAAUCUGGAACUCAGCAGUACGAGAUGAAUGAUACAUAUAUGUAGGUUAGAACAUCUAUAGAUAUAUAUAGAUCAUAUAUAUAGAUCAUACAAUGUAUGAUUUGUAAGAAUGAAAUAUAAUUUGUUAAUAAAGAUAUAUUUUGUUUAUUUGUAAGUAAUAUAUUAGCUGUAGUAAAAUAAC